AUGAAUAUUUUAUCCUUAAACAUCAGAGGGUUAAGUGGGGGUGUCAAAGCGAAUUGGGUGAAAGAGUUAAGGAUGUCAAACAAAAUUGGGGAUGUUGCCCUUCAGAAAUCUAAAUCGGAUUCGGUGUCUAAGGCAGAAUUGGUGGGAUUCUGGGGGAAUAAUAAUUUUGAAUUCGCUUAUGUGGCUUCAGCGGGCUUAUCAGGUGGGCUGAUUUGGAUGUGGGAUCCUUGUAUUUUCAAAGUAGAAGAUAUUAUUCAGAAUAGGAGUUUCCUUAUUAUUAGAGGAGUUCUUGUCGGCAAUGGGGCGUUAAUGAAUCUUAUGAAUGUGUAUGCUCCUCAAAGUUUCGUGGCUAAACGCCAGCUUUGGGAAGUCGUUUCUGCUCAGAUUGGGUCGUUAGAAGGUAAAUGGGUGUUAGCGGGCGAUUUCAAUGCUGUCCGUUCUCAGGAGGAAAGGAAACGAUCGAAGUUCAAAGCAGUUUGUGCAGAGAACUUUAACAAAUUUAUCUUCGAUAAUGGGUUGUUAGAAUUUCCUAUGCAGGGGCGGAACUUCACUUGCAUUAGAGACAACGGAAGGAAACUUAGUAAAUUGGAUCGUUUCUUGGUUUGUUCAGAAUUUUUCAAUGGGUGGCCUCAAACGUGUGUGCGUGUGCUUCCUGGUAGACACUCAGACCACUGUCCUAUUAUUUUGGAAGUCGUUAUCCUCAAGUUUGGUCCUCGUCCGUUUCGGGUGUUUAGUUCAUGGAUCGGCCAGCCUGGUUUUGAAGAGGCUGUCGUCGAUGCUUCGGAGAGCUUUGAAGUCUUUGACCCUCUGGAUGCUAGUCUUACUUCCAAAUUCGCUCAUAUUAGAGCCCGGCUUGUGGUGUGGAGGGAUGAGUUCUUGGCCAAAGAAAAAGAGAAAGUGAAUCUGGCUAUGGAGGAAUUAGAAUUACUGGAAUUAGAAAUGGAAACAAGGGAUCUCACGGAAGACGAGGAGUGGAUAAUGGCAGAGAACAGAAAAAUUGUGAAGGAUGUGGAAUAUAGGAAAAAAUCGGACCUAAAACAAAGAUCUCGGAUGAGAUGGGCUGUUGACAGUGACGAGAACUCCAAAUUUUUUCAUGCCAUGAUUAACAACAGGAAAGUGUCAAAUUCGAUCCAUGGGCUCAAUAUAGAAGGAACUUGGUGUUCUAAACCGGCUUUGAUCAAGAAGCAAAUUCUCUCUUUUUUUCGUGAUAAAUUUAGAGAGAACUCUCCUUAUCGACCGGAGUUGGAUUGUUCUAACAUCAAGAAGAUUUCGGAUUUGGAUCGUGAUGUUCUGGUUGAACCGUUUUUGGAGCAGGAAAUCAAAGAAGCGGUUUUUGAAUGUGGAGAUGAGAAAGCCCCGGGUCCGGACGGGAUGAAUUUCAGAUUCAUAAAGCAUUUCUAG